AGGGGGGGACCGUGUCGUCCUUUCAAUUCAUUUAUCUGCAGGAAUGAUUGCUGCUAUCAGUCUCGCGCUCACCGCCCGGCUGAGGAGGUGAAAGUUUCUCCCCAGGAAGAUAAACCGCAAAAGACAAUAUUGUGCAUGAUUUGCGCCUUUUCUUUGGCUUUUUCUUUCUUUCUUCUCCCCCCACCCACUUUUUUUUUUUUUUUUUUUUUUUUUUGCAAAAAGCAGAGAGGGAAAAAAGGAGAGUGAAGGAGCGAGGAGGCGAGCGUGAGAGAAAGGAGAGAGAGAGAAAAGAAAGAGCGAGGGGCUAGUGGAGAAGUGAGGAGGGGCGCGCGGCGCGAGGCGGAGAGAGAGCGAAGCUGUCGCGGCUCUGGCGCUCACAUUCCUCUAUGCUACAAAUCCAGGAGGAAGUUUUUUUGGGGGGCUGAGAUGCUCCAUGCCUUUCCCCGGGCAGCCUUGACGCGCGGCCCUCCCGGCAGAGACUAAGCGGCGAGAAAGUGCGAGCCGGGCCGGCAGGGUCUGCCUGGCGGGCGCUGGAGCCUGUCUUACUCGCGGCCCGCAGCCGUCCGGCUACUUUGCGUUUGGCCGGGCCAACGCCCGGGCGCGCCGCGCCGUUGCCUGCAGGCUAGGACUUCGCGAGGUGGGUCGACUCCCCCUCCCUCCUCCUCUUCUUCUUCUUCUUCCUCCUCCUCUUGUUCCUCCUCCUCCUCCUCCCGAUUUUCCCUCCUCGGCUGGCGAGGGUGGGGGGGGCGGGGGAGGCCGGGGCUCGCCCCGAGCAGCCACGAUGCUCCUGGACGCCGGCCCCCAGUACCCAGCGAUCGGCGUGACCACCUUUGGCGCGUCCCGCCACCACUCCGCGGGCGACGUGGCCGAACGAGACGUGGGCCUGGGCAUCAACCCGUUCGCCGACGGCAUGGGCGCCUUCAAGCUCAACCCUAGUUCGCACGAGCUGGCUUCGGCCGGCCAGACAGCCUUCACGUCGCAGGCGCCAGGCUACGCGGCUGCUGCGGCCCUGGGCCAUCACCAUCACCCGGGCCACGUCGGCUCCUAUUCCAGCGCAGCCUUCAACUCCACGCGGGACUUUCUGUUCCGCAACCGGGGUUUUGGCGACGCGGCGGCGGCAGCCAGCGCACAGCACAGCCUCUUUGCUGCAUCGGCCGGGGGCUUCGGGGGCCCACACGGCCACACGGACGCCGCGGGCCACCUCCUCUUCCCAGGGCUUCACGAGCAGGCUGCCGGCCACGCGUCGCCUAACGUGGUCAACGGGCAGAUGAGGCUCGGCUUCUCGGGGGACAUGUACCCGCGACCGGAGCAGUACGGCCAGGUGACCAGCCCGCGUUCCGAGCACUAUGCUGCGCCGCAGCUGCACGGCUACGGGCCCAUGAACGUGAACAUGGCCGCGCAUCACGGCGCCGGCGCCUUCUUCCGCUACAUGCGCCAACCCAUCAAGCAAGAGCUCAUCUGCAAGUGGAUCGAGCCCGAGCAGCUGGCCAACCCCAAAAAGUCGUGCAACAAAACUUUUAGCACCAUGCACGAGCUAGUCACGCACGUCACCGUGGAGCACGUAGGUGGCCCGGAGCAGAGUAAUCACAUCUGCUUCUGGGAGGAGUGUCCGCGCGAGGGCAAGCCCUUCAAAGCCAAAUACAAACUGGUUAACCACAUCCGCGUGCACACGGGGGAGAAGCCCUUUCCCUGCCCCUUCCCUGGCUGUGGCAAGGUCUUCGCGCGCUCCGAGAACUUAAAGAUCCACAAAAGGACGCACACAGGGGAGAAGCCCUUCAAGUGCGAGUUUGAGGGCUGUGACCGGCGCUUCGCUAACAGCAGCGACCGCAAGAAGCACAUGCACGUGCACACGAGCGACAAGCCCUAUCUUUGCAAGAUGUGCGACAAGUCCUACACGCAUCCCAGUUCGCUGCGCAAACACAUGAAGGUCCACGAAUCCUCCUCGCAGGGCUCGCAGCCUUCGCCGGCCGCCAGCUCCGGCUACGAAUCCUCCACGCCUCCCACCAUCGUGUCUCCCUCCACAGACAACCCGACCACCAGCUCCUUAUCUCCCUCCUCCUCCGCAGUCCACCACACAGCCGGCCACAGCGCGCUCUCUUCCAAUUUUAACGAAUGGUACGUUUAAAAUCAGAAACAAAACACCGAACAAAACCCUAUUUAAGAGACUGAUCACACACGUAUACACAACAUUACUGAAAGAACCCUGCGAAUCAAAACAACCCCCCACACAGACCCCGCAAUCCUUUUUAAAAAAUCUGCCAAUAGACCCAGGACGAGUAACAGAGGAAGUAUCAACCUUUAAAAAUUUCCUUUCGCUUUCAUUAUUUUUCCUUUUUUGGCGAAGGCUUGGUACCCAAGGUGCGGUAGGGGGUCUAGGGGGAGGAGGCCACCUGACCAAAUGCCGCCUACCCCGAGGGCCAGUUUCUUGUCGGAUCCGUACGGGCUCUCUGGGGCUUCAGCUUUUUUUUCUUUGUUUUCUUGUAAAUACAGAAUUAUUAGCUUAAAACUGUACUGUUGAAUUCUGUAAAUAGUUAUAUCGCGGUUGGAGCGGGUGGGUGGGAUUGUGGCGUUGUGGUCUUUGCAUUGGGGGAGGGGGGAGGGGCUGGGCGGGUGGGGGGAGGGGAGGGGUGGGCGGCCGAAAGCCAACUGUUUGUACUGAAUGGCAAGAAUGUUCUAGUAAAUGUGUACCAAAAUGUGAAUUACUUUGUACGAUUACAGUCUCCACGUCGACCUAACCGAAUAUUAUUGGUAUUAAUGUGCUUUUUUUGUAUAAAGUGCAAACAUUUCGUCCAAAAGUCUAAGUACUUUAGUGCAGUAAAAUGUUGUUUCCCGUCCUGUCAAGAAUUCGUAUAGUACGAGCCUGGAUCUGCGUGUCAAACUGUUCCAUUUGUUUAUGUAAAGUGAUAUUAAAAAAGAUAUAAACUAUAACUGUCCGUUACUUUUGGCAAAAGAUACAACCACAUAAUGUAUAUAAUUCCUAGUUUCCAUAUUUAUCCGCAUGUAAAGGGCCGGUUUAUCCAUGUUACAGCUCUUCAAUAUUUAUGGUUAGAAGAACUCGUAUGUACACUUUAGUUUCCAGAACUGUUUGGUAACCUUUCGUACCUUAUUAAAGAUUCUUAAAUCUCA